AUGAAUGGAAUAGCAGCUCAAAAUUUAAAAAAUCCAAAGGCCCAAGAGCGAUCGAAAACUAUGGACAUGAAGUUGCACUUAUUUCAACUCAAUUUUAACCCACAGUGUCUCCUACUGGAACUUUUGAUGUUAAAAACUCAAUAUGGAGUUUCGGAGAGGACACAAGGUACGGUUAAUCCUCGUGAUAUGCUAGCAAAUCGCAAUUUUGGAAAGUGGUUGAAUAUGGAGCGGGCCGGAGCAGGACUCAAAAGGUCCAUUUCAAACCUGCGGGCCAUACUCUCUGAGAUGGAUGGAUGUGUCUCUAUGUCACUGGCGCAUGAGGCGUUCCGCGAUUUCCACUCAAAACUGGAACAACUCGACUUUGUGAAGAGGGAAGCUGUGAAGAAACAAAGACAGUUCAUAAAGAACAUGCAGUCAAGGAUUCGUUUCCUGAGAAACGAGGACAUCUCGGAAAGAGGAAACCAAAGGGAGCUUGAGUUAUGGCAACGAGACAGACAGCAUGUUGCGCGACUCAUUUGUGUGCAAAUGCUAAGGUGUGGUUGUAUUGAUAGCGCAAGAGCUUUGGCCACGGACAUGAAUGUCGAGAGCAUGGUGGACGUGGAAGUCUUUUCUAAAGUUCAGCACGUAGGUUUAGUUAUCAGUUCGUUGCUUAACAAGGAUACCGCUCCAUGUUUGGAAUGGAUUACUGAACAUCGGUCGAAACUGAGACGAAUGAACAGCAAGUUGGAACAAGUAGUGCGAGUUCAAAAUGCUGUAGAAUUGGUACGCAGUGAUAGAGUGAAAGAUGCUUUGUUGUAUGUGAGGAAACAUUUGGGUGCGUCCAAAGAUGAGUGGUGUGACGAUGCGAUGAAGUUGAUGGGUCUCAUUGCUCUGCAUGCUCACAAUGAAAUACCUGCGUACAAGGAACUUCUAAGCGCUCAUCGUUGGCAGGCACUGGCCGAUCUCUUUCGUGAAGAAGUCUUCACUUUGUAUCAGCUUCCACGCCAAUCAGCAUUUGCAAUGUGCCUUCAGUGUGGUUUAAGUGCCUACAAAACACCGCACUGUACCCCUGGAGGUGUAGAAAAAUGUCCCACAUGUCAGCCAUGUGCGUUUGCAUUAGCAGAAGGCCUUCCAUAUGCCCAUACUGUGAACUCACGCUACCGAGGUAUAGUGUUUCCUAGGUUGAUCUGUUCUUUCUCCGGUGAGGCCUUAAACGAAGAGAAUCAUCCAAUGAUGAUGCCUGACGGAAGGGUGUAUGGUGAAAAGGCUAUACGUGAAUUGCAGGUACCUUUAUUUUUGUUUUAA